AUGUCCAAUAUUCUCUGUCUUCUAUCGAUUUUCAUUGGACUCUCCAAUUGUACCUAUUCUUGGGUUACUGUAGUUCUCGUCGAUUUUCAACUUCGAGAUAAAUGUGCUCAAUUUUGGAAUGAGCAUCAGAAUUGUCAAAAUCCUUCGUUGAGAGUAAGUUUUUAUUAUUUUUUGUUAAGAGACCUCGAAAUUCAUUUUCAUUUUUUCAGGUGAUCGCAGAUCUUGGCGACAACAGAAUCGCUUCUGCAUCUUGGCCAAUUAAUUCGAAAUUAAUUCAAGAGCAACGACUUUUCUUCACAACUCAAUGGUCAACAAAAAUCGAUAAGAUUUUGGUUUCAUCGCAAAUUGAAGGAGAAAAUUUGUUGAAUCCAUUUGGCUUGAUGCCAAAAUGUGAUCAUGGAUAUGCUUCGAUGGUUUUUGAUGAGAAAUUGGUUAGUUUUUUUUCCGAAUUAUUAUGGACUUUUCAAAGAAGAUUUCGAACGAUUUGUGGUAAAUUGCAAUUUUUCCAGAUUCUCAAGCCUGGUCAAACAAUGAAAACUCGAGUUGCUCACAUUGAUUCUCAAUGUUUCAAUGCUCGUUUUUUAAUCCGAAUCGAUGAUGAAUGUCCACAUUGUCCAAAACAAAUUCAAACACCAAUUGAAAAUGAGCAAGGAUUUAUGCAAACUCUCGAAUUGAAAAUGAAAGACUACGAUCUUCAAACAAUCAAUAUGGUUCUUUUAAUUGCUUGCCUUGCAUCAAUCACAGUUCUUCUUAUUCUUUGCCAAUUUGUUUAUGGCCGCAAAUCCAAUUCUUCAACCUCUGAUAUCAUCUUCCAACAUCCACAAAAACCAAUUGCUGUCACAAAUCAAUCAGCAAAACUCGCAAAACUUCGACGAAUUCCAACAUUUACAUCAUCUCGCUAUGAAGAUAUUAUUGAUGAGACAAAUGUCACUUAUGGAUAUCGAUUGAAAUCACAAACUGUUAGCAAAAUUGGUUUUGAUGUUAGUCAUUAUGAAAAUGAGGAAUAUAAUUAUGAUUCAAUUUCGACAACUUCAACUGAUUCCACUGGUUAUUCUAAUGAUUUUUGA